AUGUCACUUUCCAAUAAAGAGAUUGCAUCUAGAAUUGUAUCUUAUUUGUCAUCCCUGAUCAGAACUGGGCAAGUUACAGAAGAUUAUGCCGAAUCCAUUAGUGUUGCCAUCGAAUGUAUAAGAGAUUCCUUUGACCUGCAAGAAGAGGUGUCUGCUGAUAGUGAUUUGGCUACCGUCUUAUUAGCCAACCUCAAUUUGGAACCAGAACCAAAACUCAGUGAGAAAGAAAGGGAACUCGUGAAUGAACAAGCCAUCAAGUUGAAAUUAGAGGGAAAUAAAGCUGUAGAGAGGGAGAAUUAUAAAGAUGCAAUUGAUAAAUAUACAAGGGCGAUAGAUUUAUUGAAGAAGAACGGACUACCUGUUGAUCGAGGUUACCUCUCUAAUAAAUCUCUUGCUCUAACAAAAUCAGGAAGAUACGAAGAAGCAUGCGAUGAUGCAUUAGCCUGCAUUAAGAUAGAUCCUACUUUCUCAAAAGGCUAUUCUCGUUUAGCGGAAGCAAAAAUAGGACAGAAUAAAUAUGAAGAUGCAAUGAAUGCGUAUAAACAAGUACUAGAUUUAGAGGGCAACAAGGCCACUGAUACUAUGAAGAGGGAUUUCGAAAUUACAAAACAAAAGUUUGAAACUUUGAACUUUAGUACCCAUAUUGAUUCAGGAUCCGCAACACCAAUAUCGGAAGCAGCGAAUAAAUAUCCACCAAAAGAUGAAGAAAUCAGGACGAGAUCAAGCCUUGUGAAAGUCGAUGUUCCAGCAGAACAAACAAAUACGAAUGAAGAACAUUCUACCCCCAAUACAAACACUCCACGCUUCAAUAUCGCACAGCUGAUAGGAAAUGGAAUUGGGACCAUACUUAAUAACCCACAAGUUCAAUUGGCCCUCUCACAUUUUGCUCAAAGGAACCCAGACGCGGCUCGAAAAGUGCAAGAAAUUAGCAACAACCCAAUGUUUAAGAUGGCUUUGAGUCAAUUAAUGGAUGCUGCCAACCAGUCACCAGAGGAAUUUUUUAAAAGUGAGAAGUUUAAGAACUUAGUCAACAGCUUUAUUCCUGGUGCCCUCUGA